GUGCAGAUGAUACCAGGCGAUUGUUUCGGUGAUGACUCUGACACGAGGUGGAUGGCUUGAUCAGAUGUGAGGAGUUCGGUGUGCAGGAGCGGCGAUAUAUUGAAGGGUAACGGCACUGGUUGAUCUUCGGCUACAUAGCAUUGGAAUGUCGUUUCAUUGGCAUAGGUGUCACUUCCUUCUCUGGACAAGAAAUCAGCAGUUUGAUUUCGUUUACCUGGCAGGCAAGUCGGGUGAACCUGAGAUUUCGGCCGUUGAAGAGGAAGGACAGGUAAUCUCGAGAUUCUUCGGCCACUUGUACCUGCCAAUAUCCGGCGCUGAGGUCGACGGUGGAGUAUAUGGUCUUGCCAUGGAACGUCUGCAACACCUGAUCGAUCUGGGCGGGAGCUUCACGGUCGUCGUCGAGAAUCAUGUUCAGCUGGCGGGCGUCGAGACAGAGUCGGGUGGAGCCGUCCUUCUUCGAAACGCAGGUAAUACCAGGAAGGAGUAUGGGAAGCACUUUCCUUCGACUUGGAUCUCCAGGAGGCAUUGUUUAGAUAUUUGGAGACGACGUCCUGGUGUGACACCUGAUAGGAUGAGGGUCCAGUCAACGGCGGGAGUGGGUGCAUGA